AGGUGCACAAAACGAAUGGGCAAAAUAGAACAGAAGUCGAACCCCAAAAAGAAUCAAGUUUUAGUUGUUUGUAGCACCACACACACAAGUGAGAGAGUAAAAGGUUGUUCGAAAAUAGUGAAAGAGUGUAACUAAACUUUCUCAGAGUCCUCGUCCUACAUUAUUUUGACAUGGCGGUAAAUGUGUUUUCAUGGACAAAAUCAAAACUCAGAAAAACACAACCUCGUUCCGUUGCUGGAACAAGAAAACAUAAAUGUGGACAAGCACACACAAAUUUGUCAACACAUACGAGUGAAGGAAAUUUCCCAAACAUGGCCUUUACCCUAUGUUUACGCUCCCCAAUCAUUUCUCUCCUUCUACAUUUCCUUCUUGUUGUAUCUACCCUUUGUCCUGUUCGUUCAUCGCAAUUUGGUAACCACCUAGUUGCCAAUCACACUUUUCAGCCAAAGGAAGAGUUGCGCAAGUUGAACGUCAUAAGGGCUCGCCUUCAGCAAAUCAACAAACCUCCUGUUAAGACAAUUCAGAGUCCUGAUGGAGAUAUAAUAGACUGUGUUAUGUCUCAUCAACAACCAGCCUUUCAUCAUCCUUUAUUGAAAGGACAGAAACCAUUGGAUCCCCCAAAAGGACCGAGAGGGCAUAACGAAAUGGAUGAUUUGAGUGAGAACUUUCAGUUGUGGAGUUUGUCUGGUGAAUCGUGUCCGGAAGGGACAAUUCCGAUAAGAAGAACAAGGGAGGAGGAUAUUUUGAGAGCUAGCUCUGUACGUAGAUUUGGAAUGAAAAAAACACUAAACAGUGUCAAAAUGGACAUCACCAGCAAUGGACAUGAGCAUGCAAUUGGAUAUGUAACAGGGAAUAAGUACUACGGAGCAAAGGCUACCAUAAACGUGUGGGCACCCGUUGUGGAUGACCCAACUGAAUUCAGCUUGUCUCAAAUGUGGGUCAUUUCUGGUUCAUUUGGGAGUGAUCUCAACACCGUUGAAGCUGGUUGGCAGGUCUACCCGAGGAUAUUUGGGGACAGGAAACCUAGAUUCUUUAUUUAUUGGACGAAUGAUUCGUACCACAGAACUGGGUGUUACAAUUUACUUUGUCCGGGCUUUGUUCAAACCAACAAAAAAAUUGCACUUGGAGCAGCAAUCUCUCCAAUUUCUUCAUACAAUGGUGGCCAAUUUGAUAUUACCUUACUCAUUUGGAAGGAUCCAAAGAGUGGGAACUGGUGGCUUCAAUAUGGAGCCGAUAACCUUAUUGGGUACUGGCCAGCAUCGUUGUUCAGCAACUUAAGAUAUCAUGCAAGCAUGAUUCAAUUUGGUGGAGAAAUAGUAAAUUUAGGGUCAUCAGGUCACACUUCCACUCAAAUGGGUAGUGGGCAUUUUGCAGAAGAGGGUUUUGGAAAAGCUUCAUAUUUCAAGAAUAUGAAAGUUGUGGAUUGGCACAACAGCUUGAUCCCCUUGUCAAAUAUAAAGGUUCUAGUAGAUCACCCCAAUUGCUACCACCUACAACAGAGGUCUAGUAAGGCAUGGGGGAAUUAUUUUUUCUAUGGUGGACCUGGAAGAAAUGUAAAGUGUCCCUAAGGGAAUCAUUGAAUCAUUGGCAGAGAGAUGAAAUGAACCCUUUCUCUUUACUUUCCUUUUCGCAUUUCUGGGUUUCGUUUUGGUCAUAGGUUUUCUUCCCAGUCAACUUUGCUCAUUUGUUCUCAUAAAACAUUAGGGUUCUUAUCAUAUAUACUGCCUUUAUCAUAUAUACUUUCCUU